AUGAAUGAAGGAAUGACUCGCAAAAGGGGAGCACCAAAAAAACGAAAACAGCUAAAGGAAGAACCGGAAAAAGUGACCGCGGUCACUAGAUUAGUGACUCGCGAAAAGAAUGUACCAGAGAUGAAGAAACAGUGGCAUAAUCUGACUACAUUGUUGAAAUUUUCAAAUGCGACGCCUUUUAAAGACAGGAACGAUGCGGGCUACAUCUGUGCUUAUUGCUUUAAGACAUACCCUGAUCCUGAAGUUUUAAGAAGUCACACACAUAAUGACCACAUUAAAGAGAAACCGACGUACAAAGCAGGUUCAGGAAUGGCAAGUUUUGUCGCAUUUUUGGAUGUAGUAGACUUAAAGUGCAGUAUUUGCAACUCUUCGAUGGAAAGUAUUAAGGUUUUGAUGGAACACCUAGUCGCGGAACAUGACAAGAAGUUUUAUUUGGGAGUUACGGAUUAUUUUCAACCAUUCAAACUGACGGGCGAUCAGCAGAUGAACUGCUGUCUCUGUAGCGAAGUCUUUCAUAAUAUGAAACUUCUAAUGCAACAUAUGAAUGUUCACUAUAGGAAUUUUAUCUGCACUACUUGUGGAGCAGGAUUUGUGAACAGUUUUCGGUUAAAUCGGCACGAAACUACACACGGUGAAAGCAGAUUUGGCGGACCAAAACCAGAGAGAGUGACCAAAGCAUCGCUAAGGCGAGCCAGGAGAGCUUUGAAACUUGAAAGAAUAGAGCAAAAGAACAAUUUGAUGAAAAUAUUAUUCAAUUCAAAUGCCAAUCCAAUUAAAUUCAAAGAUAUAACUGGCAUAAAAUGUGCCUAUUGCCCUGUAACAAUGACAAGAGCUCAAGAUCUGAAAGAUCAUUUUGUUGAAACACACAGAAAUGAGGAUUUUCUACAGUCAAAGAUGCAAGCGUUUAACAAAAACGUUGUAAGAUUGGAUAUUACCGACUUAAAAUGUGAGAUUUGUGACCAGGAAAUCGAUUCUUUGGAAACCUUGCUGCAACAUUUCAAAUCUAUACAUGACCUUGAAGUAAACACUGAUGUUGACAAUAUAGUUCUUCCCUUUAGAUUGGAUGAAAAGGAAAUGCGUUGCGUUUACUGUUUAUCAAACUUCCCUGUCUUCAAAAUGUUAAGGGAACACAUGAAUAUACACUUCAGAAAGUUUUUAUGUGAUAUUUGUGACUCUGGCUUCAUAAGCAGCGAAUUGUUAUACCGUCACAAAUUAAGGCAUACCGUUGCAGAAUCGAUAUGCCACUUUUGUGCCAAAGUGUUUUCAAGCAAAGAUCGCUUGAAAAGACACGAACAAACGGUUCAUUAUAAGAUAAAGAAGAAUAAAUGCAACUAUUGCGACGAACGAUUCGAAGAAUUUAAUCAGAAAUUGAAACACAUGAACAAAGUUCACAAUAAAAACUUGGAUGUGUCAUGUUCUAUUUGCGAUAAAGAGUUUAUCACUCCGCGGGAAGUUCGGAAGCACAUAAGAACGUUUCAUAUGAUGGAGAAGACAUUUAAUUGUAGUGAUUGCGACAAAAGCUUCUUCAGCAAAAGUCAGCUACGAAGUCACGAAAUUACUCACAAGUUGGAUAAGUUGUAUCAAUGUGGUGAAUGCUUUAAGACGUUUGCAAGAUUGGGAAGUCUCCGCACACACAUGAAUAGUCACGACGACGAGAAAAGAUUCCAAUGUGAUUUUUGUUUAAAAACUUUUGUGCAGAAAAUUGGCUUGAAGAGGCAUUUGGAUAAUCUUCAUGGACAUCUGUUUAAGAUUGAAUAA